AUGAGACGUACAAACCAAAUUCUUGUAGAGGAGAACAUGCGAUUGAAGAGGAUUCUACGGGAAAACGGUAUAUCCUGGUCACCUGUGGCUCAAGCACACUUGAUACAACAGAACCCUGCUCUUCGACGUCGGACUCGGGCUUCUAUGUCCGCACACGAGCUUGGUUGCCCUAGUUUGCCAACCGAGGUUAUUCUAAGGAUCUUAAAAUUCGCUAUGAAAAGCCCUUAUCCUAUCAUUGAUCCCUUGUCUAGGCUGUCUCAUGAGCAUCUUUCCGAAAAGGAAAAGACGCGUGGCAAUCAAGUUGCGAUACAUUUUCUGGCCACUUGCAGGGUUCUUCGUACAGAAGGCACUCGAUACUUUUGGGAGUCGAACAACUUCACUUUCACUACUCCUGAAGCACUUCGCAACUUCUCCGAACUGAGCUCUCAGUACCGGAACCAAAUCACACAUCUAAAUCUGCGGAUCAUCGCCCGCUAUUACGACGACCAACGCCGGAAGCAUCGACUUGAGCGUGGCUAUCAUACUGACCUCAAAAAGGAUCAACUACUGAAAGUUCGGCUACGACCAAAGGAACCACCGCUCAUUAGAGGGGGCUUUCGAUGUUAUACUUGGUCUCAGGUGACAGACUUCUUGAUGGCCCUCCGUGCACCGUACGAUCCGAACUACAAAGACAAGAAUAAUCCUAGGCCUCGACUACUCCCAGGGCUUUUGUCGUUGCGACUAGAUCUCGUCAAUUUUUCGGAGACGCUUCUCCCCUUUUCUGGCUCUGAGCUGCAUGAGGUUGCCUCCCAUGAGCUGGGAUGUACACUUAACGAGCUUCAAGUAACAGGCAUGCCAUUCGACGACGCCGGAAUGAAGGCUUCAGCGGAAUUAAGCGGUAUGCUAAAGGACGAGGGUCUAUAUUUGGAUGGAUCGCCAUCAUUCGUUGCCCAUGCCAAGCAUCUGCAGCCACUGUCCGGUAAGCGUUGGUGUGCCAGGGUUGUCAGGGCAUUCAAGGGCAGAGAAGAUGAUGACGAUUCUGACGAGUAUGACGAGGAUGAUGAAAUGGAUGGUCCCAGUCAUCACGGACAUUUCCACGCCAGAAUCGGUACCAUGCCGCCCGCUCCCGUCGAAGAAGGCCACCCGACAUCGUCACGAGACCCAGACAAGGUGAUAUGGAAACGAGUCCCGCUCAGUCGUGACGACGACGCGCGAUAUUGGGUACAAUUCUCCCGGCGAGGCGGACAUGAGAUUGCCGACCCUGAUUGGGAGACAGAUGACGAAGGAAUCUGCCCGUGCUGUGGUGAGGGUCACCCUGGUUCAUCCUUUCUGAGCUUUAUGAUGGAACAAGAUGACGACGACGACUUUAUGGAUUUUGAGUGA